GUAGCGUGGCCGGGGCGUUAUCAGCUGCGGGGCCGCAGACUGGAGCGGCGCGGGAUGCGAGUGCGAGUGUGAGCGGCAUGAGUGCUCGCCUGCGGUCCUAGCGCGAGUGCUGCGCCCGGGUUGGCCGGGUUUCGGGGGGCCAUGAAGCCCGACGGAGCGCGCGAGCCCGAGCCGCUGAUCCCCGGCCGGGGCGCAGAGCCCGAGGGGCGCUGGCGCGAGAGGGGCGAGGCGGACACGGAGCGACAGCGCACCCGGGAGCGCCAGGAGGCCACGCUAGCGGGGCUGGCGGAGCUGGGGUACCUGCGGCAACGCCAGGAGCUGCUGGUGCGCGGCGCGCUGCGCUGCUCCGGGGCCGCGGGGACUGUCGCGCCGCGCGCCGGGGAGCUGCGGGGGGACCCGGCGCAGCGCAGCCGUCUGGAGGAGAAGUUCCUAGAGGAGAACAUCUUGCUGCUGCGGAGGCAGUUGAAUUGCUUGAGGAGAAGAGAUGCCGGUUUGUUGAACCAGUUGCAAGAACUUGACAAGCAGAUAAGUGACCUGAGGCUGGAUGUUGGAAAGACGGCUGAAGAGCAGCUGGAGACAGACAGCCGGCCUAGCUCAGGGUUUUAUGAGCUGAGUGAUGGGGCUUCAGGAUCCCUUUCUAAUUCCUCUAACUCCGUGUUCAGUGAAUGUCUGUCCAGUUGUCACUCCAGCACCUGCUUUUGCAGCCCCUUGGAGGCAGCUUUGACUAUCUCAGAUGCUUGUCCCAAAUCUGCAGAUCUCAUAGGAUGGUUGGAAUGUAAAGGCGGCCACUGUGAAGACCAGGCCUCAGGCGCAAUUUGCAGUCCCCCCUCCACACCACAAUUUAAUUCCCUUGAUGUCAUUGCAGAUGUGAACCCUAAAUACCAGUGCGACCUUGUGUCUAAAAACGGCAAUGAUGUAUACCGGUACCCCAGUCCACUUCAUGCUGUGGCUGUGCAGAGCCCUAUGUUUCUCCUUUGUCUGACCGGCAACUCUCUGAGGGAAGAGGAGGGGCUUGGGAACCAUGUCAGUGACAUUUGCGUUGCAUCUGAACUGAACGCCACCAAAGCAGAUAACUCCUUGCCAUCUCCAAGCAGUUUGUGGUCCGCUUCUCAUCCUUCAUCCAGUAAGAAGAUGGAUGGCUACAUUCUGAGCCUGGUCCAGAAAAAAACCCACCCUGUAAGGACCAAUAAACCUAGAACCAGUGUGAACGCUGAUCCUACCAAGGGGCUUUUGAGGAACGGAAGUGUGUGUGUCAGGGCCCCCGCUGGCGUCCCACAGGGCAGUGGUGUGAACCUUAAGAAUACGAAACAGAUGUGUUUGCCCUCCGGGGGAAUAGCCUCUUUGGAAAACGGGCCAUUCUCCCCACCUAAGCAGAGGUCAAAAGACUGCAAGACGGAGCAGGUGGAAAGCAAGAGGCUGGUCCUGCCGGAGGGAUGCUCGGCAGGCGCUGCCAUGGAACCCCAAAGCAAGCAUCUGCCCAAAACCGCCAAGGUAGCCUCCCAAGAGCUCGCGAGGUGCCCGGCGGGGCUGGGGGAAUCCCUGAGGGAGAGCAACCAGGUCUCGGCUGUUUCUCCUAAAACAAGUCCCGGCAGAGGCCCCGUCGCCCCGGUAGAGAGCAAAGCUCCUCAGCCCCCGAAGAAGAUGCCGCAGAAGAGCGGCCCACAGGCCUUGCCGGCGGUGGACAGGCCCGUCUUGGACCUCAAAAGCGAGGGCUCGUCUCAAAGCCUCGAGGAAGCGCAUCUGGUGAAAGCUCAGUUCAUCCCCGGGCAGCAGGCGGGCGCCAGACCUCACCGCGCGCACAGGAACCCGGGCAUCGCUAGGAGCGCCACCCUGAAGGCCCGCGGCCCCGCCGCCCCGGAGCACGGCCUGCCCACCGUUAGGGAGAAAACGCGGCCGGCCGGCAAGAAGUGCCGCUUCCCCGACGACUCGGACACAAGCAAGAGACUCAGGAAGGCCUCCUCCAAGGGCAGGCGCGGUGGGCCGCCCGACGCGGGCCUUCCCGGCAGGGCCCUGGGCGCAGGCGGCCAUCGGGCGGGCGGCCGGGCGCACGCGCACGGACGGGAGCCGGUGGUGGCCAAGCCUAAGCACAAGCGAACCGACUACCGCCGGUGGAAGUCGUCCGCCGAGGUCUCCUACGAGGAGGCCCUGCGGCGGGCGCGGCGGGCCCGCAGGGAGCACGCGGGCGCCUACCCCGUGGCCGUGGCGCUGCCCUACGCCAGCCCCUACGCCUACGUGGCCAGCGACUCCGAGUACUCGGCCGAGUGCGAGUCGCUCUUCCACUCCACGGUGGUGGACACCAGCGAGGACGAGCAGAGCAACUACACCACCAACUGCUUCGGCGACAGCGAGUCGAGCGUGAGCGAGGGCGAGUUCGUGGGCGAGAGCACCACCACCAGCGACUCCGAGGAGAGCGGGGGUUUAAUCUGGUCCCAGUUUGUCCAGACUCUCCCACUCCAAACGGUCACGGCCCCAGACCUCCACACCUGCCCCACCAAAACCUUUGUCAAGAUCAAGGCUUCGCACAACCUCAAGAAGAAGAUCCUCCGCUUCCGGUCUGGCUCUUUGAAACUCAUGACGACCGUUUGAGGGAAGCUCCUGUAGCGAGUGUCUUCCCCUACCCCUAGUCUUUGAAAAAAGAAAGAAAAGAAAAGAAAAAAAAAAGGAUGGCGUCUUAAUAUUUGUGUCAUACUUUAAAGGGAUGCCUAACCUGUUUUUAAGGAUAAGCCCAGGAUAAAUUGUGUCUGAUCGUCAUGUGUGGACGCUAGUGCCUUUAAUGGAAGGUGAAGGGUGUAUCUCUAGUUAGAAGUAAAUACUAAGGUCUUAAAUGGUGGUGGUAGUGAAUGAAGUGUGAUUAUCAGCUGGUUUUCGGUUUAUAUUGUCCGAGCGUCUGGCAAAGUACAGGGUUUUGAUGUUCAGGUUUUAUUUGGAUGAGACCUUUAGUUUCCAGGGGCCGUGGAUGGGAUUUUUAAGACAUGAACUCGCUCCUUGAUUCUUUAGGGCUGUUCCCUGAAAGGGCUUUCCAGUUGAGGGGCAUUACAUGAAAUUGUGUAGAACAGGUAGAAAAAUGGCUAUUUCUUUCGGUAAAUUUUUUUAAAUGUAGUCAACACUUCUCAGAGGUCUACCCUUUUUUACUGGAGUUAGAACUUGUAGACCACCAGACUGUGAAUCUGGAGGUGGCAACGGGACAGGGAUACUGACAGUACCUUAAAAGGAUUCACACAAACCUUUGCCACGCGUAGCGCGCCAGCCUCUGUUACAGUAACCUUCUCUUGGGCCAUAUACCCAGCAGUUUUUGAUGCCUUUCUCUCUGCUCCUAACUUGUAGCCAGUACAACCGUUUGUCCCUUAGAAGGCUGCCUUGGGGAUAAAGUGUUGGUCCUUUGAUGCAAAGACAUAGACCCUUAAUGGGCAUGACUCUAAGCCUAGAAUUGCUCACCGAGCACGGUGCUGCUUAAGCUCUGGUCAAAACAUUAGUGCAUUCCAGUCCCCAUUGGACCACUUACUUAUUUGGAAAGGGCUUUAAAUUUUUUUAAAGUUUUUGGUAAACAGUAUUGUGUAAAAUAGUCUUUUAAAAUAUCAAUAUAUGCAUGUUUUGUGCAUGAGUAGUAGUUUGGAUUCUGUUUUAAUAUUCUUGUUGUUGAAAUACUGUAUGAUAUAAACAGUAUGUGUUUUUAUAUAUAUCAUUGUGUAAAUUUAAUAUAACACAUUAUAUGCUGUACUAAAUGAUUGGUUUUAUUGCUGUUAACUUUGUUAUUUGUUAUAAAAUUCAGAUGUUUACACCUAUAAA